AUGGCGCGUGCACCUCCUUCCGCGCUCCCCAAGAAGAAAGAAAAGAAGGAGAAAAAACCUCCUAAGGAUAACUCUAAAAAUGUUAUGAGAAACCUGCACAUCAGAAAGUUAUGUUUAAACAUCUGUGUUGGUGAAUCUGGUGACAGACUUACACGUGCUGCGAAGGUGUUGGAACAACUGACUGGUCAACAGCCUGUUUUCUCAAAGGCUCGCUACACUGUGCGUUCCUUUGGUAUCCGUCGUAAUGAAAAAAUUGCAGUGCACUGCACAGUGCGCGGUGCCAAAGCCGAGGAAAUCCUUGAAAGGGGAUUGAAGGUCAGAGAAUAUGAGUUGAGAAGGGACAACUUCUCAGCUACUGGCAACUUUGGUUUUGGUAUUCAAGAACACAUUGACUUGGGUAUCAAAUACGACCCAUCUAUUGGUAUCUACGGUCUUGACUUCUACGUCGUCUUGGGCAGACCUGGAUUCAAUGUUGCACACAGAAGACGGAAAACCGGCAAAGUUGGUUUCCCACACCGACUAACGAAGGAAGACGCCAUGAAGUGGUUCCAACAGAAAUACGAUGGUAUCAUCCUUAACAGCAAAAAGUAA